AAGAGCAAAAUUGGAAACACACCGUCAGCGUUGUGUCCCAUGUCCUUUGGGCCAUGCUGGGGCGAUGUAAUUCUGAGCCUGUGCUUCGCAAAAAGCUGGCUCGGGAUCCGGCAGAGACGCGCUUUUUGUCUUUUCUAAAUCGUUAUUCACAGAAACAUAGAUGCGUCAGUCGGGCACAAACGCAGCCGAAUUUGGAGAAGCAGAUAUGCAGAUCACCGGCGUCACUGCCGUCAUCUGCGGCCCGCCAAAGACCUAAAUCUGGACCUGUUCCAGCCACUCCCGUGUUCAGAAGACCUAGCUCAGCCAUUAGCAGGACAGACUCGCCAAAGGUAGCAGCAAUCAGAGAGAGAGUCCUCUCUCGCAUUGCUACAGGCUUGCAUGUUGCCCUUUUGGGCGCCAAAGUGAGUCAAAAGCCUGGAGAGACAAAGCUUGAGCAGCCGAUCGGGCGAGCUUCAGUGCAACAGGUGCAGCGAAUCUACCGACAUUUUCUCAGGCUGAAAGCGAUUGAGGCGGACAGAGCCGCCGAAGUACGAUACUGGCGUCAUGUGAAGCUUGUCCAAGAGGCUUGGUCCGAGCAACCGAAAGAGAGUGAACCAAACAAGCAUGGUUAUCACGAAGAUGGCUGCGUUCCGGCAACGAAAUGUGAAAGGCCUUCGCACAUACCUCGUUUGCAGUGGGCGACCUUCUUUCACUGGCUGGAGCAGGAAGCAAGCUGCGGAAUUCAGCAGACAUAUCGCCGGACUUUGGCUGCCUUGUUGCGUGGAGUCAAACUUUGGAAGGAGCUUUGCGCAAGUGCACAACAGAGCUUGGAGGGCAUCUCACUAGGGCUGCUGCUCUCCUGGGUUUAUCCAGCAUCAUCGAACAUUGAGAUUUCGCAGAUGUUGUCAUGGCUUGGGGGGCACCAGCUUGACUGCAUCCGCUGGAAAUCACCUAGGCUGAUAGAUGAUGAUGAGCGAAAGCAAUUGGAGAGGAUCUUCCAGAAUGUCUAUGCAAAGGGCCGGCAUGCAAUCACGCCUGAUGACAUUGCUGGAGGUCCAUUCCCUGAUCGACAAACAAGGCUUCUCACGCUGGUGGACGCCUGGUUGGCAUUGGCUUCUAUCAGGAAGCAGUUGAUGCCCGCCUCGCGCGCCAUGUCUUUGGGGACAGGCAGAUUGACUGGCCAAUGUUCGCGGAGCACAUGUGUGAGAUUGGCUGCCAGGGUCAUCCGCAAGUUACACGUGUCACCACACCAGAGGGUAUUCCUUUGGUGCGCUGCCAACGUGAUCCCUUGAACUUUCAUGGUUGGCUGUCGGAGACACCACCAGAAUCCGAAGUUGAAAGCCGGAAGGUCAUUGACGCCUUCGAGGAGGAAGUGAUCGCUUGGCAAUCCGGAACCGGAUACUGAAACCGAUUACAUCGAUGACAGAAUGUUCAGGUACUGAGAUUCUGUACAGUACUCACGUGUAGUCAUUAGUUCUCAGUAGUUUCCUGUACUGAACCCGUUUCGUUGUAGCUAGCUGAGAUCUGCAUGCCAGACGUUAGGG